AUGGCCAAAAAUUCAAUGUCCAAAGAUAUAAAGAAUGAACUUGAGAAAGUUGAUUUUGAUGUCGGAAUUGCAAAUAACAAGCUUGAUAAAUUAGCUGAAGAUAUAUCCGACAUAAAAAAUAAAAUAUCCGAUGCCAAAACGCAAAACAUCACGUUAAAUGAUCCCCCAACUGGAUAUUGUAAACGUGAUUCUGUUAUUAAGAAAUAUUAUAAGGGUGCUGCCGUUGCAUGGGGGACAUUCGUUUUCGAUGAUUUCCGGGAUCAACAAUAUUCUAGUGAACGUCUUGUUAAAGAAUUUAAUUUGAAUCAUGUUGAAUCACACAAUAAAAAGUAG